UCCACCACGUUGUGGCCUAGUCCAUAGGUAGAGUGGUCUAGUGGAGUAACAAGAUCACUCCACCUCCUGCAGUCCUGCUAUUCUGCUAAAGUCUACUCAAGAAGUCAGCAAGUUAUUCCUAUUCCCCAGAAUCACCACCAUUUCAAUUUUCAAACCCAGCAAAGAAACAAACUACAGUAAUUCUCUCUACAAGAAGAAGAGUUGAAGAUGAUGAGUGGAAAAGAAGGAGAAUUAUGGCCGGCGAUUGGAAUCGAUCUCGGAACCACCUACACUUGCGUCGGAGCGUGGAUGCCACAGCAGGACCGUGUUGAGAUUAUCACCAACGACUUAGGCAACCGUACGACGCCGUCUUGGGUGGCUUUUAACGGAACCCAGCGUCUUAUUGGCGAGGCUGCCACCAACCAGGCCGGAAAUAAUCCUACCAACACCAUUUUUGAUGCAAAGAGGCUUAUAGGAAGGAGUUUCGGCGAUGAAAUGGUACAGAAAGACAUGAAGAUGUGGCCAUUCAAAGUGAUACCUACUGCUGAUGCAAAUGAUUUCAAGAGGAUUAUGAUUGAAGUUAUUUACAAGGAUGAACUGAAGCAAUUUGCUCCAGAGGAGAUAUCCUCAAUGCUUCUGGCGAAGAUGAAAGAGAUAGCAGAGUCUUAUCUUGGUUUAAAAGUGAAGAACGCAGUUGUUACAGUUCCGGCCUACUUCAAUGAUGCACAACGGCAAGCAACUAAAGAUGCUGGUGUUAUUGCUGGACUGAAUGUUAUGCGGAUCAUUAACGAGCCAACAGCAGCUGCCAUUGCUUAUGGUCUUGAAAGGCAGAGUACUAACAGUGAUGUGGCAAAUAAUGUUAUUGUUUUUGACCUUGGUGGUGGGACGUUUGAUGUCUCGUUGGUCACAAUCAAGAAGGGUGUAUUUGAAGUUAAAGCAGUAAGUGGGGAUACUCAUCUUGGUGGAAGAGAUUUUGACAAUAGAAUGUUGAGCCAUUUUGUUGCCGAAUUUGAGAGAAAGCACAACAAAGAUAUUAGUGGUAAUCAUAGGGCUCUUGGAAGGUUAAGAGCUGCUUGUGAGAAGGCUAAGAGAAUCCUGUCUUCAACUACUGAGACUGCAAUUGAGGUUGAUUGCCUUUUUGAGGGAAUUGAUUUUUGUUCUAGCAUUAGCCGUGCUCGAUUUGAAAAGAUGAACAUGGAUUUGUUCCAGGAUUGUUUGGUUCCUGUUGUAAAGUGUUUGAAAGAUGCUAAGAUGGAGAAGAGUGGCAUUCAUGAUGUUGUUCUUGUGGGUGGGUCUACUCGAAUCCCAAAAGUUCAACAGUUGUUGCAAGAUUUUUUCAAUGGGAAGGAGCUUUGUAAGAGUAUCAACCCUGAUGAGGCUGUAGCAUGUGGAGCUGCAUUCCACGCUGCAAUCUUGGCUGGUGUAGGUAGUUGUAAGAAUGCGGUUCUUGUGGAUGUUGCUCCUCUAUCACUUGGCAUUAAGGAUGCUGAUGGUUACAUGGAAGUCGUAAUUCCUCGGAAUACAACUAUCCCAACUAAGAUGGUUACUGUAUUUUCUACUAGGUUUGACAACCAAGCAUCCGCGUUAUUUGCAGUAUAUGAGGGUGAGAGACCCUAUGCUGAAGACAACAACUUUUUGGGCAAAUUUUACCUGAAUAACAUCCCUCCAGCACCGAAAGGCGUCCCUAAAUUUGAUGUCUGUUUUAACAUGGAUGAUGAUGGCAUUUUAACCGUGUCUGCAGAGCUUGUAGGCACCAACAACAAGGACAAAAUCGUAAUUGCCAAUCACAGUGGGAGGUUAUCAAAGGAAUCAGUUGACAAGAUGGUGGAGGAAGCCAAAAAAUUCAAGGCGGAGGAUGAGGAGCGCAAGAAGGCAGCCAUAGUUAAAAACAAGUUGGAGAAUUAUGUAAACGAUGUAAAGGGCAGCUUAAGAGGUUGUGGAAAGAGGAUCAACAUCAAGGACAAGAGAAAAGUGGGCGAUGAAAUCGAGAAGAUAACCCAAUGGUUAGAAUGGAACCAUUUGCUUGCUGAUGCCGCUAAGUUCGAGGAGAAAAUGGAAGAGUUCGAAAGCUUCUGCAAACCUAUUAUUCAGAAGAUGUACCAGCAGGAGAAGGCGAAUGCUUGUGCUGAGGCUCGCCCCAAGAUCGAGAUUAUUGAACUUGAUUAAGCUUGGUUCAAUUAGUGAACAUGAUCACUACCUUUUGCUUAUUACUCUUUUGGUUCUGGAAUUCCAUUGGUCGGAUAUGACUGUUAGUCUUUUUAGUUAGCCUGACUAGAUUAAGCUAGUACACUACCUUUUGCUUAUUACUCUUUUGGUUCUGGUGAAUUCCAUCAGUUCAUGUACAGAAGGUUUCGGCCUGACUAGAUGCAGUUCUCUUGCUUGUUUUGUGUGCAAUCGUAA